UGCUGGUGUAUUUAUAGCUCCUGAGCACAAGCUCUCUUUCUUAAACACGAGUAAGGAGCUGGUCAUAUUCACCAGAGUCGUGCUGAGCUUCGCCGUCGUGUAUUCCAGACUGUGCUGUUACUUUGCUUGUGAAACGUACCUGGAAGGGCUCGUCAGAUGAAAACAACAUUCUGAGCACAACCACCAGAAACUAAGACACCCAGAGAGAGGAGAGAUGGAAAAGCCGGUCUUACAGACACAACCAUCCACCCUGCCUUUUUUCGACACGGCCCAUGCCUUCAACCUACUGCGGGGAAUCCAUGAGCUCCGUGCCGAACGAAAGUUUUUCGAUGUGACUUUGUGUGCUGAGGGACGCGAGUUCCACUGUCACCGCACAGUGUUGGCCGCUGCCAGUACCUACUUCCGGGCUAUGUUCGCAGGAACUCUGAGAGAGAGUGCAAUGGACCGGGUGGUUCUACACGAGGUGUCAGCUGAGCUUUUAGGGCUGCUGGUGGACUUCUGCUACACAGGACGGGUCACUGUCACUCAGGACAAUGUGGACGUCCUGCUGAAGACGGCUGAUCUGUUUCAGUUCCCUUCUGUCAAAGAGGCCUGCUGUGCUUUUCUGGAGCAGCGGCUGGAUGUUUCCAACUGCUUAGAGAUCCAGGACUUUGCAGAGGCCUACGCUUGCCGAGAGCUGGCGACAAGUGCUCGCUGCUUUGUCCUGAAAAACAUAAUGGAGCUGGCCAAAGGGAUGGACUUUGAGCGGUUGCCAUGGAAGCGCCUCCUUGAGUUUGUGUCAGAUGAUGAGCUUUGCGUGGACAAGGAGGAGACGGUUUAUCAAAUUGCGGUGCGCUGGGUGAAGGCUGAUCUUCAGCGGAGACUGCACUACUGGCCCGAGCUCCUCCAACAGGUCCGACUCCCCUUCGUCAGGAGGUUCUUUCUGUUGGCCCACGUGGAGAGCGACCCACUCGUCUACCUUUCCCCCACCUGCCUGCGCAUGGUGAACGAAGCUCGUAGCUUCCAGUCCUGUGAGUACGACCGCCAUGACAGGCCCUGCCACCGUAUGCGGCCACGGCCAUCCACGGGAUUGGCCGAAAUCCUGGUGGUGGUAGGAGGCUGCGACCAGGACUGUGAUGAGCUGGUCACAGUGGACUGUUACAACCCCCAAACCGGACAGUGGCGCUACCUGGCUGAGUUCCCUGACCACCUUGGAGGAGGCUACAGCAUCGCUGCCCUCGGAAACGAUAUGUAUGUCUCAGGUGGCUCUGAUGGGUCUCGCCUCUACGAUGGCGUGUGGCGCUACAAGUCCAGCGUCAAUGAGUGGACAGAGGUGUCACCCAUGCUGAAGGCCCGCGAGUACCACAGCUCCUGCGUGCUGAGGGGUCAGCUCUAUGUGGUGGCGUCGGACAGCACCGAACGCUACGAUCACGCUCUGGACUGCUGGGAGGCCUUACCGCCCAUGCUGCACCCCAUGGACAACUGCUCCACCACUACGUGCAGCGGACGCCUGUACGCCAUAGGCUCCCUGACUGGGGAUGACACCAUGGCCAUCCAGAGUUACGAUGCAGACACAAACCGCUGGGCCAUGGUCAGCUGUGGACAGCUGCCUCCAUGGUCCUUCACACCCAAAACUGUGACCCUCAAAAGCCUCAUCUACUUUAUCAGGGAUGACUCUGCUGAGGUUGAUGUUUAUAACCCUCAGAAGAACGAGUGGGACAAAGUUAGUCCGAUGACCCAGGUCCACGUUGGAGGCAGUGUGGCAGUCCUAGGCGGUAAAUUAUACGUGUCUGGUGGUUACGACAAUACGUUUGAACUGUCAGAUGUGGUGGAAGCCUACGACCCGGCCACCCGCACAUGGACUAUUGCCGGACGACUACCUCAGCCGACCUUCUGGCAUGGCAGCGUCAGCAUAUUUCGCCAGUUCAUGCCCCUGGUGUCCAGCGCUUUCGCACCUACUGACAUACCCGAGUCAAACGCCAUUCACCUGCACCGGCACCAACGUCACCACGCGCUCCACAAUCUCAACAACAAUCUCAACCAAAACCAGAACCAGGACGUGAACCCAGCACACUGAGUUUGGAGCUAGAAAUCCUUGUUGCAUUUUGGGGUCUGUCCUCCCUCAUUGUGCCAUGAGUAGUUUACCUCAUCACAAUGCUAAAGUUGAGCAUGUACAAAGUAGUCUGAGCUCCUUAUAAUUCACGAGCUAUCAUACUGAUAACCAUUCAAGUCUGUUGACUGGAUGAAUAACAAAGAGGCCUGGUGUUUCUUAGCCCCAUCUGGUCUCACUGCUUGGGAGACGAUACCAGAUGGAUCUAGUAGAAGUGUUUAGGGAAGCGGCUGCCUUUUAUGUUCCUAUUCAUACAGUUAGUCCUUGGCUUCAGGUUAUGCUCGAUCAGAACUAGUUUGCACAACAUAUCGUCCCAUCAUGUUUGAAAUCCAAAAUGUCUUUAGUUGUUCCGAACGGCUACACUUGAAGGGGAAGUGAGAAGCCGGUCUUCAGUGAGGCGUGAUAUUAUUUAAAUAUGGGGAUAACUGUGCCUACUUUUUUUAGACAGCGUCUCCUGGAAAGAGAUUCAUAGUGUCGGUUGUUUCCAUGAAAAGUCACAGGAGUGUGAGAGUAGAGCUAGAGAGAGUCACUCCUGGCUCCUUUCCCUCCUCUGUGCUUCUGACUAAUCACAACAUGAAGUGGGUGUGAAUGUUGGAUUGUCCAUUUUUUGGAAAUUUAUAGAAACCCUCAAACUUCUUAAGUAUACUGACAGCUUCAUCUUAAGCCCCUUUUACUCUGGACAAAAAGCCCACUAACACCCACUAACAUCUGGCUUUUGUCUUCAGUGGGAAGGAGUACAAUCGGUAUUUAUUCCCGGGUCAAAUGAGUGCAGUAGUGAGGGGUAUUCAUCGGCUCCAGGUCCGAUCGGCAGUGUUGGAAACAUUACACCCGGGUGGACACGCUCAUUUUUUUCCCUUUUCUGGUGAGGCGUUGACACACGUUCUACAUUGUUUAUUGUUUUUUUUUACAGUCUAUGGGAACAACGUGCCAUGUGUAACACUGGCAAAGACAGUGAGUGACAGAGAGAGAGAGCUGCUCCUGAUUGCAGGGGAAGAGGGAAUAAGGAGAGCACUGUGGAGUUAGGUCUGGCUAUGCAAGACUACUGCCACUGUGAGAUACAGACAGUGAGAUAUACAACAACAUAUCAAAAAAUAACAUUUUUAGUAACAUGACAUGGCACAUGGAAAAAGACAAAAAAAGGCAAACUUGUCUUUUGGCAAUGGGGAAGGAGUCAGUCACCUAUUUUUUUAGGUUUACCUGCAUUUAAAAAACCUGCAUACAUGUGCUAAUUUUGGUAAAUAGGGUUAUGAGUGGUCUUUUCCGAAACAUACUCUUUGACAGCACUUUCAAUAAAACAAUGUAACCUUUGUUCCUUUGUCCAAGUAGGUUUUCUAGUACAGUGUCUUCUUCGUCAAGCACUGGUGGGCUUAUUACUGCCCCCACUGUAACUACAGUUGGUGAGAACAACAGUUUUAGUGGGUCUUACCCCCCAGUGGCCACAAGGUGCCGCAACAAGGCCAUUCCCCUUUUUUUUUUUAAAAAACUUGGAAAAGCCCCACAAAGAUGAGAUUUCUGCUUUGACUGUUUCCAAACUAUGUUUUGCUGUUACAAGAGAAAAUACUUUAAGGAUGAAGUAUAACAAAUAUAUAUAAUAAAUUCCCACCUUCGAUAAAGAGCAGUACCAAGCCGCUUCCCUUAGUUUUUGUUAUGUGAACCAUUCAGGACCAUCUUCUACACAGUGGAAGAGGCAGUCCCCAACAUGGCCACAUGGCCAGGUGUCUGUGUAUAGACCUCCCUGUAUUAGCGGUGAAUUACUGGGAUUGUUUUCCUACAAACAGAUUGAAAUUUGAAAUGCUUCAGAGGGAACUCCACCGUUGUUACGCAUUUACAGGUCUUAGGGAGUACUACUGCAUAUGUGAAAAAAAGGUUGUAUUGAGCCUCUUGUUGCUCCAGAGGGAGCUGCGCGAAAUCUGUCAAACUGCCUCGAUCGAUGUCACUUGAGUCAGCGAUGGUUGGGGCUGAAGACUAAAAGUUGAAUGAAAAAAGGACAUGGCGUCAGAAAAAGGAGCUCAGCUCUGUAGCUCGCUCCUCAUCUCUGACUGAGGGUAGCGACUCGAGGCUACAUUAGCUGCUACUAGCAUAACACAUCGUUGGUGGUUGAGUUGCAUUGUGGGUAAUGUAGGUGUCAUCAAGUUUUGAUGAAGAGGAGACAAUCUCUGGUUCUGCUGCUUUGAUUUUGAUCCUUCUUUAUAUAAGCUGUUCACUGUGAGCAUGGAUGUUUUAAGGGAGAACUGGAUACAGCGUCGUAGGCAGGGCUCCGUUCAUUCUUAUGGAAGCUGCUUGGUGGCACAUGAAGCUAAAAAAAGUUAGUUUUCCUAACAUAAUAUUACGCUGAUCUUCCGCAUAUGUUUCUGCAUUGUGGAGCAGCACACUAGACACUUCACCUGCCAAGCGUGGCUGAGUGCGGCCAAGCUGCUAGCUUCCGGUUUAGCCCUCCAUUAACUUGAAUGGGGGGAAAAAAAUAUUUAAUUGUGUGGCUCUUCUAGACUUUUUAAAUGUUAUUGGACCGAAUGGAUCAAAUUCUGAUGAAACAAGUCAUUUGCGGGGGUUGUGAUGCUCAAAAGAAUGUAUCCACCGUUUUACAGCUGUUUCGUUUAAUGUCUUUUCGGGCCCCCGGUGCAUCACGUGAAUGACUCCAUUGCUGUAAUCACACGGUUUGGCCACUAUGUCAAAUUGGCUUCCAAUCCCGGCGCUCUUCCUAAAGGACUUAGGAGUCUGUCGAUUUUAUAGGAAUGCAGUGCUUAAUCGCUGGAGUACCCUUCACAUUUUUGUAGCCCAGAGCAAGAGACAAACAUUUGGUCAGAAACAGCAAUAAUCUGUUUACAUUCCAAAAACGACGGCAAUCACAAUUGAUUUCUAGCUCUAAACAGACUUGUGGCUUAAUAGGAUGGGUUGAAAUAUCUCAUACAAAUGUGUGCUGAGUAAUGUUCUAUCAUAAUAAUAGGGUUUCAGAAUGGUUGCAUGUGAAGUUAACUGAAGUUACUGGGUUGAUACACUAUUGCUAGUGAUAAUUAGCAUCUCCUUGUGUCACUCCUGACCUUUUAAACUGGGCUACAUCAGCCUUUGUAUAACCACCAGUCAAAUGUGCAUGAAGAAUUUUGUUUAAAAGUUGUAUUUACGUCUGUUUUAAAUGGUUUUUUAUGUUUAUUUAUGGAUAUAUUUGUGCCGUGGUUGUUUCAGAUGUGCCUUCCUGUCAGUUGCAACAUGAAAACAUUUGGUAAAUGUUGGUGAUGGGGUCGCCAGUCUCAACUGGAAGUGCAAAAGAAUCUCAAUUUGUUUUCAUGUAAAAUUAGUUUUGCUUUAAUGGUAUUAGUAUUUUUGAGUGUUUUUAUGGUAUUGUUAAUGCAUCCUUGUUUUCUUAGUUUUCAUACAAGUUUGUGAUGUUGAAUACGUUUUGUAAAUACAGUAUAUUCUUAAGCUUACGUACUGUGUUUGGAUAAUGUUUACAGUGUGGUUACCAUAAAUUAAACUGCAGGCAGGUCUGAGAGUUUAUUCUGCUGGGUCACAUUUGAUGAGCUGUUAGCAGGUUGCGGCCAAGUGUGAAGAGACAUAAUGCAUUAAGUUUUUUUAAAAUAAAUAUUAAGAGUAAGCUAAUGCAUUCCCCUAUGAAGCUGAAUAUUUUAACAUAAAAAUCAUUAACCUGUGUAGCCUCUUAAUUCCAAGAAAGGAUGUCUGUAAACAACCUGCAUGUUACAACCUGUUUAUGAGGACAGUAUAAAUUAAAUUUAACAAAUGAAUUUGUUUUUUAAACAUUAAAA